GCCGCAGUUGUUCAAAGUGCAAAGCCAUCUCAAGCAUCUCACCUGUGAAUCCUCGGUGGCCUCCCUGCCGCUCGCCGCGCGACCCACGAGGCAGCACGUCGCAAGCUCGCCGGCCCUUGCCGCGCUGAACUUGCCAAACGGGAACGCGGCCGCCGCGGUUGCUGAGCUGCAGUCAUGGGCGACAAGAACGCCACUUACAUUAUAGAGCGGGCAAAAAGGAGCGGGGCCGCCUGCCAAGCUUGUGGCAGCACGAUUGGCAAGGGUGAGCUGCGCCUGAACUGCCAGUUCUGGCACCCCGGCACGCAGUCCCUGUGGAACGCGCGCAGGCACAUCGGCUGCGUCACCGGGCGUGUGGCGCUCAACACCCUCAGCAAGCACGGCGGCGUCUCGCAGCUGCCGGGCUUUGACGAGCUGACGGCAGAGGAGCAGAAGGAGGUCGAGGAGCUGUGGCUCUCGGCCAUCAGGGAUGACGCCACGGAGGGCCUCGCGCGCGAGAAGUUGGGCCGCUCCCGCAAGCGCGCGACUGGCUGCCAGAAGGAGGCUCUGGACUUCAUCCAGCGGCACCACCCCGAUAUCGUGGCCGCACUGAACGAGGACGCGCAGCUGAUUGCGGCGGAGGAACAGCAGCUGGAGGCACAGGCCGACCCGGAGAAGUUGGCCCGCACCAACAGGAAACGUGCCAAGCAGGACGCCGCCGCAGCCACGGCCGUGGGGCAGCAGCAGCAGGCCGGGAGUGAGGCCCGGGCCGCGGCGGGCGCCGGCGGCGGCGGCAACGCCUUUGCUUCGCCCGCUGCGGCGGCGGCGCUGAUGACGCCGCUGCAGCUGAUGCCGGGCCUGCUGCUGCCGAGCUUCCCGCCGGGCCUCCUGCCAGGCCUGAGCGCCAGCGCCACGGGCCUACCGGCGGGCACGCCGGGCACGCCGGCCACGCCGGCUGAGAGCCUGUCGCAAAUGGCCAAGCUGCCGCCCGCGCAGCUGCUGGCGAUCAAUGCUUACCUGUCCCAACUGCUGCUGGCGCGCAAGGCCGCCGCCGCCGCCGCCGGCGUCGACGUCGGUGGUGCAGCCUGCGGCGCUGCUGGCGUCGCUGCGGGCGCGGCCGGUAAUCCCGACGCGGCUGCGGCCGCGGCGCUGGCUGGGGGCGUCAUCACGCCGGAGCCGCUGGUGGCGCCGGGCGAGAUGGGCAUGAAACAGGAGCUGGGUGUGAAGCAGGAGCUGCUGGACUCGUUCACAGCCGCCGCAGCCGCCGUCGCCCCGACACAACCGGCGGCGGCGGCGGACUUUUCCUCGCUGCUGACGUCACCGCAGCUGCUGGCACCUGGCACGCCCACCCGCCAGCUGUCGGCGAUGUUCACCACGGCCGCUGCAGGCGGGUACGAUGGCAGCUACGGUAGCGGCGGCCUCAGCGGCGGCGGCUACGGCAGCCUAAGUGGCGGCGAUGGAGGCGGCGGCCGCGAUGCGGCCAAGCCGCUGCGCACGUCCACUCGCCGCCGCAAGGCACCAGUCCAGGAUGACGUGUUUGUGUACGGAGCGGAGGCGGAGGCAGAGCUAGAGGUGGAGGUGGGAGCAGAUGGCGGUGGCUGGGAUGGCAGUGGCGCCGUUGCUGUGGCCAAGGCACGCAGCGGGCGCGGCCGUGGCCGUGGCCGUGGGGGGCGCCGCGGGCGCGCGGGUGCUGAGCAGGACGACCCUGACUUUGUCGCGUAAGUGGCCGGCCAGCCAGCCAGCCAGCCAGCCAGCCAGCCAUACAUGACAACGCCAUGACUACUGCAGAUGCCGGGUGCUGUGGCGGCCGUGCAGUACCGUAUGCAGCGGGGCAUGCGUGCGGUGGCGGCGCCAUGACAGGCGCACGUCCAUGUUGUGAAGCCUCCAUUUUGGACGUGGGUUGUAAGGUACUGCGCAGGAGCGGGCUUGUUUGCAAGCAGCAGGGAUUGUGCGCGAUGGCUGAGCCCGCGGGCGUUGCGCGUCUGUCCACAGCAACACCGUCCUGAUGCCAGUGGCUGCGGUCGCGGUUGAUUGGAAGUUGGUUGACAUGGCGGCAAGUUAGGGCCGUGAUGGAUGCUUGCCGAAGAACUAGGGCAUGAGAGACACAUAUGGCACGGUAACACCUGAGAAAGAUUACGCAACCUACGCGGCGGCGGAGACCCUUGAACGUACGUAAAGCAGUUGGUUUGCUGCAUGUGUCGUGGGGCCGGGCUGUACCAUCACGCUGUACCAUGUACGCUAUGCCGGCCGGCGGUAAGGCAAGUUUGACACCUGGUUGACACCAGCGCCGGCCUCGGCCAAAACAGCUUCGUGGUUUGGACGGGUAAGUUGCGGUUCGGAAGCGUCAAUAAGCUUGGGCAGACAUUGUGUGAGAGGCAGGUGUGGUGCGGCGCACGACGAGAGCAACACGGCUGUGUAUGCCCUUGUGUGUGGUCGAUCGUGGCGGUGGUCAAGUCCACGGCUGGCCCAAGGAUGCACCUGGAGGUUGUUGCGUUGAGGCAGGUCUGUGCGUGCGUGCGUGUGUGUAUGUCCCGCUUUGACUCGGGAUCAGGGGGGUAAGAAUCCCGCAGACGCCCCACACCCUUGAAAUGGAAUGAGGUUGACGAGAGCGUUCAUUCAGAAUUUCGGGCCCUAUGGGCCCUCAAAGGCGAGGGUCGGUCGUCACGGUGUGCCGGACACUUUCGUCUGGGCCUCAUAAGACAGCCGGGCAAGUAGUCCAGACCGCAGGGCCCCUAUCUUAAUGUCUCCAGACAUUAUUCGGCCAUUUUGGCCGUUUCCUAGACAUUCCUCCCAGGGGCUAAUGUCUGGGGCGAGACUUUGUUGGCCCGGGUUUGGGGCGGGUUAUGUCCGAAUUCCUAUGGAGAAGUCCCCAAACCGCCA